CUGGGUCAGCAGCAGGAGGCUAGACAGGCGCGGUGGGAGGUGUGCAGCGCAGCAGUGUGUCAUGGGGCCAUGGGCUGGUCUAGGUGCGUGCGGAAAGGUUCGGGGCACGUGCGUGUUGCCUGUUUUGAGUGCUGAGUGUUCGAGGUGCCACCCAACCAGGAUACAGUCGCUGAAACACCAUCCGGCCGGUCCAGACUGUGUGUAUGGGGCAUAUUGCGAUUGUAUUUCAUAUGCGCGAGACAGUUGAGGGCAUGCAGUGUUUGUUUGGUGGUUUCCCGCAUGGCGGGCUCGGCGCCGUACGAUUGCCUAAAACCGAGCCAGCCUGUGAGCUUUGCAUUGUCAUGCGGAAUGAGGGCCAUCGUUCAGUAACUUGUUGCUGAACUUUGUGCGUGCCCAGUAGUGUUGUACCGGUAGGAUUCGCGUCGCAUUCCCGAGCACAUUUGGCCAGGAGUGCUGCUCUCGUUGGCGUGCUCGCCCGCCGCUGCACUGGUACAUAGGUCGCCGAUAUGUAAAUUAACUAGUGCAGCAACUGCUCAGAUACGUCCUUGUGACAGAGACGGCAGCAGCCGCAAUGUGUAAACGAAGCGACCAAACAGUAACAGCAGCGACGAGAGCGAGCCUGCUCUUUGCGGCUGUCCUGGUCGGCCUGACGGCUUACACGGCUCAAGGCGCCACACCUCAGGAGCUCCAGCUAAGGCUAACGGGCGGGGGCGACCCAUUCAACGGCACCUUGGAGAUAUACCACGCGGGGAAAUGGGGCUUGGUAUGUGCCCAGUACUUCGAUGACGUGGAGUUGAGGGUGGUGUGCGACGCCCUGGGCUACCCCGGCGCCUGGCGCCACUACACCUCCACCGCCACCCGGGGCAGCACCACACGGAUCUGGCUGGACUGGAUCAGCUGCCCCAGCAGGCACACGCCCCUGUCAGACUGCUACCAUAGCGACUGGGGCAGCUCCAUCUCCUGUGACACCAGCGAUGUCGUCGGCAUCAUGUGCGACACCCAAGCCAACGACGCCCAACCCCCAGCCCAUGGCGGCGAUGAGGCGCCCCCAUCUGCCGACAACGGAAGCUUCUACUACGACCCGCCGCCGCCACCACUCGCCGAGCCACCACCCGAGGGCGAUGCCCCGCCGGGCUUUCCCCCUCCAUCGCCACCACUCACCGAGCCACCACCCGAGGGCGAUGCCCCGCCGGGCUUUCCCCCUCCGAGUCCUUCCCCUCCGUCGCCAACGCCGCCGCGAAAGCGGCCUCCGCCUCCACCCUUGGCCAAGUCGCCGCCGUCGCCCCUGCCGCCAUCCCCUCCCCCUCCCCCGCCGCCCCCAGUGAAGCCGCCCCCUCCUCCUCCAUCCCCACCACCACGCAAGCGGCCGCCCCCACCCAGCCCGUAUCCCUCCUCUCCACCCCCUCCUCCGCCACCACCACCGCCACCACCGCCCUCACCACCACCACCACCCUCACCCCCUCCACCGCGCCCGCGGUCACCCCCGCCGCGCCCUCCGCCCCCUCGCCCUCCGCCUCCUCCGCCACCACCAGCUCCGAAACCACCAGCUCCCGAGCUCAGCCCUCCCCCGCCGCCACCACCUCCCCCGCCGCCACCACCGCCGCGGCCGCCUCCUCGCAAGCGGCCGCCGCCGUCUCCAACCACCUUGCGCCCGCCACGGCCUCUGCAGCCUCCCUCCGCGCCCCCGCCUCCGCCGCCCCCGCCGCCGCCGCCUCCCUCGCCGCUAUCACCACGCGCCUCUGGUGCCAGCUGGUACGCGCAGACGCGGCAGGGGUGUGCCAGCAUUGCGCAAACCGGAGUCUACUCGCUCCUUUACCAGGCGGCGGCGGCGCAGCAGACCGGCAGUGCGAGUAGCAGCAGCCAGGUAGCGCAGAGCGCCUUUGUCUCCUUCAUGGACGUUGUGUGCCACCUCACGGACUCCCUGGGAGGAGCCGCCGCUGCCGGUGGGGCCACUGGGGAGGGAGCCUAUUUGCUCCAGCUCGACACGCCGGCGGCGCAGCGGGCCUUCGGCGUCGCGGCGUCUGUGCUCACAACGGACUACUACGGAGCCUGGGACGCAGCAGCCUAUGAGGAGCAGUGGGGCUGGCAGGGCGAGUCGCCGGCGCGCGCCGCCGUGAACCUCUUCGUGCUCGCCGCGUGUGUGGAUCUCACGCCGGACGCAGCGCGCGCCGCCGCUCUCAGCGGCUUGGACUUUGGCACCAUGGCUCGCACCAGCAGCGUCGCGGACUUCCUCGCAAUGUACACGGAUUGCGUGGACGGCUUCGCGGGCAAGUAUGUGGAGCUGGCGCGCGUGAGCGACGUGGGUAGCUCCCCGCUCGUGCUGCGGGUGGUGUACAGCCCACCGGCGGCCGAUGGCGGCGCCGCCGUGUCUGCCUCGUCCAGCGCCGCCGCCGUGUUUGAGCCGCCGGAGCUGGAUGCGGAGGGCGUGACCUGCACUCUGGAGGAGCUGCCAGCAGCCACGACAGCGGGUGCGGCGGCGGGUGGUGAUGGAGGAGGGGCCGUGUUGGGUGGCCGCGUCCUGGGCACCUGGACCAGCGCCAACUGGUCGGCUGCUGCGGCGGACCCCAGCAGCGCUGCAGGAGGAGUGGAUGCGGCAGGAGGGGGCCUGGAGCUGCGACCGCAGCAGCCGUACCGGGUGGCUUGCUACCUGGACGAAACUGCAACUGGUCUGACCAUAAGUAGCGGGCUGCGUGUGCUGAGCUCCUUGGCGGGCGAGCAGGCCCGGACCAGCUUCUUCCCGCUUGUCCUGUUUCCGGAUGGCGGCGGGGGCAGCGGCGGAGGCGGAGGCGACAGCGGUGGUCCCGCCGGUGGCCCGGAGCCGGCGAUGCAGGGCCCUCCGGCGGUGACGGCCUACGCAUCACCACCACCCUCGCUGCCGUUCUAUGGGGGCGGGCAGUAUGGGUAUGGCACGCUUUCCUACCCACCACCACCAUCGCCAUACUACGGCGCUGUCCCGCCGCCGUACCCACCUCCACACGACUACGCGUCGUCGGCGCCGCCAGCCCAAUCGCCGCCUUGGUCCCGCCCUGCUGCGCAUGCUGAUGAGCCGCCGUUGUCGGAACAGCAGCAACCAUCCCAGCCCCCGCUACAGCAGCAGCCGCCAUCACAGCCAGACCAGGUUUCAGAGCAGCCGUCACAGCAGCCACCUCUAGAGGAGUCGCCGUCGCCUCCGCCGCCGCCCAGGAGACCUGCGCCCCACCCGCCAGCAAGACGUCCGCCGCCCUCUCCGCGGCCGCCGCCGCUGAAGCGGCCACCGCCGCCGCCGUCAGAGCCAGCGUCGCAGCAGCCCCCUGACAGCGGUGGAUUCGGCAACUUGCCAAUGGAGUAAGCUUUUGCGUGCGUAAACAGUGAUGCGCGUUUGAUGUCAUUUACUGGUAUACUGUGGCGGGAUUGAUAGCGCUGCUGUUUACAACAGCAGCUUGGUGGUAGCCAGAGGUUAGGCACAUGGCAUGCAUGUCGUGGCCUCGUGAGUAUGGGGUGUUUGCUUAGGAAUUAGAGGUGCGGUGCGGGAUGGUGGCCGCUACGUGCGGAUGGAGCGCGGCGCCUGGACAAAGCGGGGGUGCUGAGGCUGCGGACAUGUGCGUGCGUGGAAGGUAGAGACGGCCAGUUACAUGACGUCCGAAUGGCAGAUGCCUUUACAGGGCGCCCGCGGUCGCGCCCGCUUGCACCACAGUACUGUGACAGAGUACCCGUCAUCAACAACUUGUUUGUCCAAGGGUAACGAAACAGUAGUCUGUGCUUAUCGCGUUGUGUGUGUGUCCAAUCCACCGCCCAAGGUCAA